CUUACUCCUUCCUCCUCCCCGCGUUGAACCAUUCCACCAUCCUCCUCCUCCUCCGCGGCUACAAAGCCCCGUACGGCCCGCUCCGGCUCGUCGUCUUCCCCCCCGCCCCCGGUCCCCGCGCACAUGGACGCGUCGUCGGGCGACCGCUCGUCGCCGCGCAGCCGGCAGCUGCAGGGCCCGCGCCCGCCGCGGCUCGCCGUCAGCAAGGACUCGCACAAGGUCAGGAAGCCGCCCGUCGCGCCGCAGCGGCACCACCACUUGGAUCAGCAGCAGCAGCAGGUCGUCCACCACCUGCAGCAGCAGCGCCAGCACCCGCACCAGUACCAGCAGCAGGCGCGGCAGCCGGUCAUCAUCUACGACGCCUCGCCCAAGGUCAUCCACGCCAAGCCGGGGGACUUCAGGGCGCUCGUCCAGCGCCUCACCGGCCCGGGCUCCACCUCCCAGGCCCAAUUCGACGCCGCCGCCGCGGGCCCGUCGUCCUCCGACGCGCCGCCGCAGCCCGCGUCCGCGAUGGAGCUGGAGCCGCGGGAGUUCCUGCUCUCGCCCACCGCCGCGCUCUCCCCGGCCGCGCGCCUCGCCGCCAUCGAGCGGUCCGUGCGCCCGCUCCCGCCGCACGCGCACGCGCACGCGCCGGCUCCCGUCCCGCCCUACUACGGCGGCGCGGCCGACGACGACCUCUUCCUCCUCCCCGGCCCGGCCUCCGCGGACCUGGACGGCUUCGCGGCGGGCUUCCGGCCCGGGAUCCUCUCGCCCGCCGCUCUCCCGCCGGCGGCCUCGACGGGGCUGUUCUCGCCGAUGCCGUUCGACCCGAGCUGCCUGUCGUGGCUGAGCGAGCUGAGCCCGUUCCUCCCCUCCGCCGGCACCCGCGCGGAGCAGGCGCCGCCGUUCGCGCCCAGCCCGCGCAGCAGCCUGCUGCUGGCCACGCCCACCAUGCCGUCGCCGGCCACCUUCUCCGUGCUCGAGUUCUUCAGCAGCAACUUCCCGGACCAGUAAAUCCCUGUUGAUCAUUAACGACACACCAGUUCCUCCUGAUUCCAUUAAUUGCUUCUUCGCCCUCGUCCGGUGCAAUUGACGCGAGAAAUCGUCGGACCACCAUCCGUUCCGUGCCCUGACAGCCGGGUUAAUCCGAUCACUUUUACCGUCUCGGUAAUUUGGGCGAUGAGCAAGAAUCAAAUCGGUUGAUGAGACGAGAUCAAUCGGGUUCCAUUUAUUUAUUCGUUUUAUUCUUGUUAUAAAUUGUUAGAUUUUUUUUCUCUCUUGUGUUGGCCGGGUCAGCAAGUGUGUUUGAGAGGGAGCAAGUUGGCCUUGGCCAGUAGUGGUAGCUACUGAUUCAUUAAUUAAUUAACUGUCUGGAGUAGGAAUUUUUCCUUGUCAAGUUUUCUCCGUUUCCAUGGAUUAAAAUCGUCAACUGCUGGAAGGUAGAGAAUUUAAAUGUUCUUC